UCAUCUGGUGUUUUGUUUUUUAUAAAAUAUAUUUCGUCCCACUCGGUCCUCCAUACACCAACCGGGCCUCAGCACGUUCUACGUGCUUGCGUCAUGGAUGUACCCACGUGCAGAUGUUUACGCUCCUCGUGCACGACAGGAACAGAGAGAAAGAGACAGAGAGAAAGAAAACGAAGCAGACUCACAAACACAUGUUUAAAUUAGUUAUAUACAAACAUUUAGAAACAGAACCCCAAUUUACGUGGAUCUGUUUCUUGUCUCUGUGCGGUUUUUUUAGGCUUAAUAAGAUCUUAAAGGAAAGGGAUCGUUAUGGUGCUUUCAGGGUUCAUAGGACAAAAAACUGUCUACGUCUAAAAGUUGCUGCGUGGAUGAAAGGACGUCAAAAAUUCCAAAGAGAAGUCGUUGUUUUAAUCAUUUUCUCAUAACUCAAAAGCAAAUAAAAGCUGACUUACUAAAAGAUUGGUUAAAACAAAAGUAGCGGAUACGAAAAAUAGAUGGUACACGUCUGUAAACUGGUAAAUUGGUUGAAGGUUCUCCAAAACCAGACUUUGUGGCGUUUUUUAGACACCAGAACAAGAUAAAUCCACUUGUGCUGGUCUUACAUUUAAUUAACUGAAAGUUGCAGAUACUACAGUGAUUUAUUCUGUAAAUUCGUGCGUCUGAUUAUACGUCUUGUUUUCAUUUAUAUGUAUUUCAUACUUGUUCUGCUAUUAAAAAGUUUGAAAUAGUCUUAAAUUUAAUUCUGCUAAAGCUAAAAAAACAAACAAUGUACUUAACGAAAGAAUCAGAAAUGUGUUUAAAUCACUUAGUCUCUUAUUUCCUAUUUUCAUCAUGGAGCGUGAAUGCAGCACCAGAGAAAAAAAGGGGGGUCUGGGGUCGCGCGAGUUAAAUCCCUCCCCGGAUUUGACACACGCGCACGCACCUUGUGCUUGUAAACACAAGAGGCUCACACUCACACGUGACACCCGGAGCCGCGCGACCGAUCGCAUUGUCUAAGAAAAAAAAACGGACAAAAGAACGCGACGCAUCGCCACGGAGCGCGAGCAGGUGAGCGGCCAGGUGUCAUGGCAACAACGGACGUUGUCCGGUCCGCAGCGAGUCCGGUUACACCGUGAUGUCCGAGCAACCUCCGGCCACCGGAACCUCUUCAUGUCCCGGAUCCCGAAACCCGAAACCGUGUCUCGGGACGACGCAGUCUUUGUUUCAGCCUCUAAUUUCCAGCGAGUUCCCGUCGAUAUUUAGCUAAAUUAGCCGUUAACUAGCUGUAGCAUUUUAGCUUCGACACCAGAAGACGUUUUUUUAUUUUUCUAUAUUUAUUUAUUUUAUUUUAUUUUUUUAUUUUAUUUUGUUCGUGGUUAAUCUACGUGUUUACUGGCUGGAUGAGAUGUCAUUCACCAUGGAGGAUAACUUGGAGUCCGGGUGGGUGUCCGUCCGGCCCAAAGUCUUCGACGAGAAGGAGCGACACAAAUUCGUCUUCAUCGUGGCCUGGAACGACGUCGAGGGAAAGUUCGCCAUAACCUGCCACAACAGAACCGUGCAGAGACGGAGCGCCGCGCUGGACCUCGACUGGAGCCCCCCCCGCGACGCUGCACUUCCUGCCCCGGCGGCGGCGGCUAAAAAACAACCCUCAAAAAGUCCCGUCACGUCGAAGAAGAAAGUAAAACCUCACUCGGACCCCAAAGGCAAAAACACAACAAAUAAUAAUAAUACUACUACUACUACCACCGCUGGAGACUGCACGGGUUCGAAAGUGGGUAAGACGUUCGCGAGUCCCGCAUCGGGCUCCUGGGACAUCCUGACAGCUAAGGUGUUGGACAUCGAGAUCCUGGACCCCCUGGACGCCCCCCUGUCUCCUCCGGAUGACGCGGACGGAGACGGCAGCCCCGGACCCCGCGAAGACUUCAGCUGGGCCGGGCUGUUCUCCUUCCAGGACCUGCGGGCCGCGCACCUCCAGCUGUGCGCCGUCAACUCCGACCUGGAGCCGUGCUUGCCCCCCUUCCCGGAGGACCAGGCCGGCGUGUGGACGGUGCUUUUCGGGGUGUCGCCGCAGUCGCAGUCGCAGCCGCAGCGGGACACGGACGCCCUGUGCUACCAGCUGCAGGUGUACCUGGGUCACGCCCUGGACACCUGCGGCUGGAAGAUCCUGUCACAGGUGCUCUUCUCCGAGAGCGACGACGCGGAGGAGUAUUACGAGAGCCUGGGGGAGCUGAGGCAGAAAGGCUACGAGGAUGCUCUGGAGAGGGCCAAAAGACGCAUGCAAGAGGUGUUGGACAAGCACAGAGCCAUGGACAGCAUGGUGGAGCUGCUGCAGGUGUACCCGGAGGAGGACGAGGCGUACGGGGACCUGCUGGAGGCCACCACCCAGCUCUACCACUACCUGCUGCAGCCCUUCAGGGACAUGAGGGAGCUGGCUAUGUUGCGGCGGCAGCAGAUUAAGAUUUCUCUGGAGACGGAGCGUCUGGGGCCGCGUCGCGUGGACGGCCUGAGGAAAGAGGACGAGGACUGGCAGAAGAAGGCUCACACCGCCGUCCUCUCCAUCCAAGACCUGACCGUCAAGUUCUUUGAAACCACGACUCGAGCUCAGAAAGCGUUGUACGAGCGGAUGCGCGCGGACCAGAAGAAGUUUGGGAAGUCCGCGUGGACGGCGGCGGUGGAGCGCAUGGAGCGGCUGCAGUACGGCGUCUCCAAAGAAACGCUGCAGCUGAUGAGAGCCAAGGAAAUCUGCCUGGAGCAGAGGAAGCACGGCCUGAAGGAGGAGAUGCAGAGUCUGCAGGGCGGAGAGGACGCCAUGCUGCGCCUGGACCAGCUGGAGGCGCUGUACUACGAGCUGCAGCUGCAGCUGUACGACAUCCAGGCGGAGGUGCUGCGCUGCGAGGAGCUGCUGCUGAACGCUCAGCUGCAGAGUUUACGCCGGCAGAUGACGGAGCGUCAGGAUGAGGUGGUGUACUACGACGCCUUCGAGAGCCCCGACGCCAUGAAGGGCCUAGAGGACCCGGCCACGCCGCCGCCGUCGCCGCUCAGAGACGAAGAGCUCAGCGUCCUGCAGCAGAGGACGCGGCAGCUGGAGGCGCGACGGGGACGCAUCACUGCCAAGAAAGUCUACCUCAAAAACAAGAAGGAAAUCUGUAUCGUCAAUCACAACCAGAAGAUCCAACAACGCCAAGGAGACGGCACAUCUCUGCUGCUACAACUGGGAGAAGACGACGAAGACGACGAAGCCAAGCAGAACGCCAGAGUGAGUCAGGAGAGACAGAGGACGCUGGACAGACUGCGCAGCAUGAGACAGCGUUAUCCGGGUCAGGUGACUCUGAAGUCCAGCCGUCUGCGUCUGAGUCAGCCUCCCGGGCGGAGACGAGCGGCUCACCCCCCCAGCACCCAGGCAGCCGGAGUCCAGACCGAGGUCGUCGUCCUCGUCUCCGACCUCCCAGAACUCUCUGCUCCUCCUCCUCCUCCUCCUCCUCCUCCCGACGCCUUCGGCUGCGACAGCGUCUCUCUGCCGCCCGCGGAUCUGCAGACUCUCCACUCUUCGCCGCCUCCGUUCCUCUCGCUGCCUCCCCUCUCGACUCCCCCGUCUAUUCUCUCAUUCGGUGGUGCUCCCCCUCCUCCUCCACCUCCUCCCCCACCUCCUCCUCCCCCUCCUCCUCCACCUCCACCUGUGGAGGACCAGCAGCAGGUUGAUGAGGGGGAGAAGGAUCCCUCCUCAAACAGCCCGACGCGCCUCCAUAAAUGCGAGUCCGACUCCCCCUCCUCCCUCCCGCUGGCCCCGUUCUCCCCCCGCUUCUUUGACAGCAGCCAACUCCUGACGGCGAGGAAGAAGCUGAGGAAGACGGCGUCUCUGGACUCGACGCAGUGGAGGAGAGCGAGCUCCCCCAUGGACGAGGUGCUGGCCUCCCUGAAGCGCGGCAGCUUCCACCUGAGGAAGGCGGAGCUGAGGGUCCUGGGGCCCGACCCGGACGACGACGGGGAGAACAUCCUGGCCCAGAUCCGGCAGGGCGUCCGGCUGAGGAAGGUCCGGACCCGGCCGGAGCAGCAGCGCCCCCCGAAGAGCUUCAGCCACUCGGCGGACGCCCUGACACGCAGCAUCCACGAGGCCCUGAGGAGGAUCAAGGAGGCGUCCCCGGAGUCCGAGUCCGAGGACGAGGGCCUGCCCUGCGCCGACUGGGAAAACUGAUCUGGAAUAUAAUUAUUAUUUUUUUUUUUUUUU